AUGGCCAAGAACCAACCUCAUCAUGAGCUCAAGAUCCUCCAGCACUUCAACCCCUUCGAGGAAUUCGACAACGAUGAGAUCGAGAAGUACAAGCAACAAUUCGACAAGUUCGAUGUGAACGGUGAUCAUGUUCUGGACUUUAUGGAGCUCAAGAGGAUGAUGGAGAUCCUCGGCGCGCCGCAGACUCACGUCCAACUCAAGAACAUGAUCCAGGAGAUCGAUUCCGACUUCGAUGGUAUCAUAAAUUUCACAGAGUUCCUGCUGAUCUUCAAGAAAGCCAGGGACGGAGAGCUCUCUUCGGAUAGCGGUCUGCUUACGCUGGCCCGCAUGACUUCUAUCGACGUUUCCCAGGCCGGAGUUUCCGGAGCGAAGGAUUUCUUCGAAGCCAAAGCCAAAGUGCUCACGGAUUCCAAUCUAGCGCGGCGCGCUAGCAACGCCAGCAGCGUCAGCAGUGUAGAAAUGAAAUUCAAAGACAAAGAGAAACAGAAGGUCCUGGAAAAAGAAAAAGAUGAACCGAAGGAAGAAAUUAUAUUAGGUGAAGAAGAACUGGAGGAGAAGAAGGAGGCUUCCGACAAGGAGGACGAGAAACCCGCGGAGUGAUCUUCGUAAACGCGGUGCGAGCCCGUUCCUUGGACUUCGCGAAUUCUGGUCGGUU